AUGGCGGCUGGACUCAAGACUAUCAUCCUGCUCUCGUUCGUGCUGGCACUGGGCUUCCUGCUCAUCAUCCUCUCGUGCGCACUGUGGUCCAACUGGCUCCCACUGCUCGUGGCGCUCAUCUACGUGCUCACACCGCUACCCAACAGCCUGUGCGCGCGUUGCGCAGGCGCCGAUGACUUUUCCGCCGACUACAACAGCGGCUUCCUCGACUUUGGCAACUUUAUGACGGGUGUCAUGAUCGUCUCGGGCUUUGCAUUGCCGCUCUCGCUAGCACAUGCGGGCGUCAUCGCACCCACAGCUUGCUGGAUGUCAAUCGCAGGCGGUGGCCUCGUCUACGGCACCAUCCUCACCUAUUCGGGCUUCUUCAACGAGUCCGACGACUACUAG